CUAAAAUCUAGGGUUUUUCAGAGUACGGUUAAGAUCAUACCAUGGCAGCCACACCAGCUUCGCAAACAGCACCGUCCUCUUCGUUAGACAAUUGCCCCAUUUGUUGGGAUGAGCUUUCUACAACUUGUGGAAGAACUCUUGUGACCCUCCAAUGCUCUCACAAGUUCCAUCUUGACUGCAUUGGCUCGACAUUUAAUUCUUUUGGUGAAAUGCGAUGCCCCUUAUGUCGAGCCAUUGAAAAUGGCACAUGGAUUAUCCCUGAAGAAAGAGCAGAUCAAGCAGCUUCCGAGGAAGAUGAUUCUGACACUGAGGGAUUUGAAUUUGAGGAAUGGGAUUUGUUUCCUAUUCAGGAAGGGUUCAUGGAAUCCACAAGAGCUCUGUUUCAUCGAGCCUUGUCACGGCCUGCUGUCUUGGAUAUUGGGGAUGGGACAGUUUAUCAUCAGGUCUCCGCUUUUGAUAUCAUCAAUCGAUUAAACUAUGAAUGGAAUCAACCACCUCUGCCAACAUUCAAUUCAGUGUUCAAUCAUUUUGCAACUACAAAUUAUACAACUAGAGUUGCAUCUUCAUCCCCGAGAACAUCUUCAGGUCGUUCUCAGGGUGUUGUGGAUAUUGAGUCAUUUCUUGAGCCAGUUAUUCUUGAACCCGGUCGGAGCAAUGGCCCUACACAUUGCAAUUUUAACUGGACGUGCCCGCCUAACAAUUCACCAUCCCCAGGCGUGCGUGCAAUGAUGUCUGGUCCGAGUGGAUCCAAUGGUUUACCAAGGAGGUUUCCUUCUGGUAAUGCAGCGUUGCAAUCCGAACAAGUACAAUUUAACGUGCCUCCGAAUGCUCCAGCCGACAGGCAGCACCAGGAAUUGCCUUCAGUUGUUCAACCUGAAACCGAUAAUGUUUCACCUUCAAAGAGUUCCUCGAAUAACAUUGAUCCUUCUCUGAAAUAGUCAGAUUUCUGCCAUUUUUACUACAAUGAAGAUCAGGCUUUUGU